UAAAGGGCUGCUAUUUUUUUCUUCAAGAAUCUUCAAGAAAAUCUCGUUUUUCAUGUUUUGAGUUGUCUGAAUCUGGUGACUGUCUUCUUUCAUACACUGAUCAGACUUCAAUUUUGUUGAAGGAAGUUCGGUUAAAAAAUGGCCACUUUCAGUGAUAUAGGGGUAGCAGCAGGGAUAAACAUCCUAUUUGCAGUGGCAUUUUUAGUUGCGUUUGCUAUUUUACGGCUCCAGCCCAUUAACGACAGAGUAUAUUUCCCAAAAUGGUACCUUAAGGGCUUGAGGAGCAGCCCAAUUCGUUCGGGCUCGUUCGUGGGCAAAUUCGUAAAUUUGGAUUGGAGAUCGUAUGUUAAGUUCUUGAAUUGGGUGCCCGAUGCUUUGAGAAUGCCCGAGCCAGAGCUUAUUGAUCACGCGGGGCUCGAUUCAGCCGUGUACUUGAGGAUUUACUUGUUGGGACUUAAGAUUUUUGUUCCUAUAUCAUUACUUGCUUGGGCUAUUCUCGUGCCGGUUAAUUGGACAAACAAUACCUUAGCAAAAUCCCUUGCAACUGAUAAAGUACAAUAUAGUGACAUCGACAAGCUAUCAAUCUCAAACGUACCAUUCGGAUCACUAAGGUUUUGGACUCAUAUUGUAAUGGCCUAUGCCUUCACUUUCUGGACUUGCUUCACUUUGAGAAAAGAGUAUGCAAAUGUAGCAUCUAUGCGCCUGCAUUUUCUUGCUUCCGAAAAACGGCGUCCCGACCAAUUCACGGUUCUUGUGAGAAAUGUGCCGCCUGACCCGGAUGAGACCGUGAGCGAAUGUGUCGAGCACUUUUUCUUGGUCAAUCACCCGGAUCACUAUCUUACACAUCAGGUUGUAAUCAAUGCCAAUAAACUUGCGGAUCUCAUACAGGAGAAGAAAAGCAAGCAAAACUGGCUCGACUAUUACCAGUUAAAAUAUUCACGAAACCAAUCGCGCAGGCCCAUGACAAAGACCGGUUUUCUCGGCCUCUGGGGCGAACAAGUGGAUGCUAUCGAUUACCAGUCAGCCGAAAUCCAGAGGUUAUCAAAAGAAAUAGCUGAGGAGAGGGAAAGAGUGAAAAACGACCCGAAGUGCAUAAUGCCGGCAGCUUUUGUCUCGUUCAAGACAAGAUGGGGUGCAGCCGUUUGUGCCCAAACACAACAAACAAGAAACCCGACUAACUGGCUAACCGAGUGGGCCUCCGAGCCACGUGACGUGUUAUGGGACAACUUGGCAAUCCCUUACGUCUCGCUUUCGGUUAGAAGGCUUGUUGUUUCGGUUGCCUUUUUUUUCCUCACUUUCUUCUUCAUGAUCCCGGUUACAAUUGUUCAAUCUCUCGCGAAUAUCGAGGGUAUCGAGAAAAGGGCGCCUUUUUUGAAGCCUAUUAUUGAAAUACCUUUUAUCAAGUCGGUGAUCCAAGGUUUCUUGCCGGGGAUUGCUUUGAAGAUUUUCCUCAUUGUGCUCCCAACCAUACUUAUGAUGAUGGCUAAAUUCGAAGGCUUUUUGUCGAUAUCGUCCCUCGAGCGGAGGGCCGCCUUGCGAUAUUACAUCUUCAACUUUGUCAAUGUUUUCCUCGUUAGUGAAGCAAUGAUGAAAGACACGUUAGAGCGAGCAAGAGAACCGAAUCUGAACUUGAAAAGCUAUCUACAGAAUGCAUACGUUCAUCCGGUUUUCAAGAAUGACGAGGAGGAAGAAGAUGAAGGUGAUUAUGAUAUUGAUACGAACGGGAAAAUAGAAGAAGAAAAUGUGUUGGUGCCCACGAAAAGACAGUCGAGAAGAAAUACGCCUCUUCCCAGCAAGGCGAGCGGUGGAUCCUCAGCGCGACUUUCAGAUGUUAAUGGAAAUUCAGAGUCUUGA